AUGAAACAGUAAAAUUUUUCUUGGAGGAAAUGUUGAAAUCGACAUUUUAGCCACAUCGUGGUGGUGAAAAUGAAACUCGACUUCAGGAUUCAUUCGGCACAGAUUAAAGAGCGAAGUUCCUUGUUCAUAUGUUCAUGGGGGCUGCAGAGAGUAUCGAGGAGCAAACUGGUGUAGUAAGAUUUGGGGAUAAUGAAAAUGUCUGGCAGGAUCAAGAAACGACGAGUGGUGGACAAGAACAUCUGUUCGAUGACCUUAACACUGAAGCUAAAGGUAACGCAAGUUUGUUUUUAACGAUUUAAAACGAAAUACGCAGUUACAGAUUCGACUCAUACCUGUCAUACUGCCCAUUGCUCGAAUUAUUUCACCGUAUGGUAUACUUUCUAACUUUUAGUGAUGUCCCAGCCAAUUGAUUGGUAUCUACCUCAGGGUAUCCGAUCUACUAUAACUGAGAACUACGUUUAAUAAACGGAAUAGAGACGACAUAUCACGGAAAAAACCACUUCGGUAGAAAAGUUUUUAUUCGUUCAAAAACUGUGUACAAAAUUGUUUCCUUAAACUAUCAACAUCCUAAUCUGAACGAACUAAAAAUCGUUUUUAUUAUUAUUAUUAUUAGUAUUGAUUGAACGUUGAACGAGCUGAUUAUCACGAGCGUGUAGAAAAUCGCCAUCAAAAUUGGAGCGUGCGUGAUGGUCUCGCGCGUUGUCACCGUUUCAAGGUUACGUCAGACUUAUUUGCGUUUCAGAAAAGUAUCAAUUGGUACAUCUUUUUUUAAAAGGCAAAAUUGAAUUACUCGCUUCUAACACCAUCGAGAUCACAGGCCUCAGGUUACAGAAAAAUACUAGUAAAACGGGAACGCGUGGUAGUCAGCUUCAGCCAACCCCUUUUUUUUCCUUGCGCCGCCUGAGGCGCUCGCGCGCGAGGUAGGGUCUCCUUAAUUUCCCUUUUCCCUUCAAAGCCCUGCAACGCAGGCUUCUUGUAGCAAACUGAAAACUACAACUUCCCCCGUUCCUCGAACACCUCCCUUAUUCUGUCACGGUAAUAACUUUUUUCUUUGUUUUUUUUUUUUAAUUUUCACUUUCUCGAGUUUCCGUAGACUCAGUUUUCGGUAGUUUCGUGUUGAGAAGACGGUGAGGGGGUUGUCUGUGACCGUCUGUGGUCAAGCCUCUUCUUGUUUUUUGUCGUUAGUUGUGGAACGUGACCAAGCAGGUCAAGUGUCAUCUCGAGCAGGCCCUCUUUUAGCGUGGAAAAUACUGAAAAUAGAGGACGGUCCCGAGGCACCUGCCGGACUACUGAUGGUCCGAUGACUGACAAUGAACCUUGAACGAUCAACGGGAUUGUACAUGUACGUUAAGGUGUUCUUGUUCUGGCUUAAGUUUUCACUGAACAAAUAUGUCUUCCCUCCUUGCGUUGCCAGAUUGGAUAUCACAUAUCCCUAAAGUGGACGACUCUCAUGGUAUUGCCACAGUCGCUCCAGCCCAUACAAUGCAGCUCGAAGGAACGUACGAGGACUUCGAGAUUCUUGGAGAUACAGCUGUCAGACAAAGUUAGAAUUGUCAAGGUUUUUUCUUUAUCACUUAUGCUCUGAGAACCCUUUUGAAUGCAUUAGAGACCUGAAAAUCGCUUGGAAUAGAAGUGGCUGGCCUACCCCUAGAUGCUUAUUAAACCAGGAGCCAUGAUGAGGGAACCUUUGAUUGGGGCUCAUGAUUAAACCUCCCCGGCGAAGCACUUUCCUCUUGGAAAUCCUUUAACGGCUAUUAGUAUUAGUUUCAGAUUUCUUUCUUCUUCCCCUGCAGCUUAGAAUUUAUGGCGUUACUGUAGUGUUGUGCUUUUUUUUCAAGAAUCCUAUAAAAAAAAUCUCUUCUUUCUGACCGCAUGUAUGUGCCUUGGUCUCUUGCCCAAACAGCUAGUCAAACGGAAUUUGAGACAGUAAGCGAAGCAGGUAUCCAAACAGAUCUCUCACACUCAGCGGAAACCCAAUCUGCUGUGACGCAAGGACUAAAGUACAAACCUCCAAAGAGGACGUAUAUCAGGAAGAGAGCGAAUAAACCCCAAGGUAAGACAAGGAAGAGAUCGCCUGCGACCCUCUGAUUUUUCAAAGUGUCUCGUGUUAGCGCGUUCGCGUGUUCUAUUUUUGACCAGCGGUAGUUUGCAAGAAUGAUUCAGCUUGUAUGUAUGCAUGUUAUGGUAACGCUAGAACCCAGCCUCUCAAGAGUAAGUAAAAGGAAGUUUCGAUUUUCCUAUCACGGCUUGCGCUGAAAAGUGAACUCUUUCCAUCUAGUUUGCUAGUCAGAUAACGCAUUUUAGGAUGUUUGGAUCGACUCUUGAUGACGAUGAGGGAGAUUUCAUGUCAACAGCGACAAGAGGGUGAGCAUAUGUGCUCUUUGAUCUCCAUUUUUGCUUCUUUUUGUGAUCAGGUCAUCAAGAUGGCGGUAAACCGAGCCCGCGUGACAACUUUCUGUGUGUCUUAAACAGUUCUUCAAAACUCGCGUCGCUGUUCGGUCAGGAUAGAGCUUCAUUUUCAGGAGGAAACGAAUCCUUGACGUACACCGCACCUAAACAGCCCAAGAAAGAAAAGCUAGGUAUGAAUUGGUGUUGAAUAAUAAAGGUAACUAGAAAUACUGAAUUAUAGUUUGCGGGUACACACCUACUGAUCAUAUCAAUUUGGCAUAAUUCACUUGUUGUAAACACAAUACUGGUAAGCUUUGAUCUCUUUUGCCUAAUAGGUUAUGUUCACAAUGUAACUGAAAGCCUUUGUUUCAUCUCAAAAACGGUACUUAACGCGAUCUGUAGAUUUGCAGUGUGACUUUUGUGCUAGAGUGGCUACAGUGAAUUGAUGCUCGUGAAAAUGGUGUAGUUUUUAUUGGAUCAGUUUUCUGUUGUUUUUUGUCAUGGUUGUUGUCGCUGUUAACACUAUACUUGACGGUGCUGCCACAAAAAUUGAUCCAGCAUAGUGUGAACAUAGCCAUCUUUGGUGUAUCAAAGGUGAUUAAGUAAUUUCACAGGGUUUGAUGCUUGUUUUUCUUCAUCCAUUCUACUGUUUCAUCAUUUUCUCCAUGUGUCAACUAUUAAUGUUUGCCGAUGUUAUGCACCCAUCAACAUUAAUCUGGAAGGGUGUGAAGGGUGGGGGGGGCAGACAAAGGCUGGAGAUUUGACAAAGGAAGAUCACCCAUUGUGGGGACUUGUAAUUAUCGCCAAGUCCUGGGGGUGAGGACUUUUGAAGUUCCUCCGAUUACGGGUGACAUCUUGGAUUGGAAGCUGUGAAAGACCUGGUUACCAGUCGGUUAUCAGUCGCAUUAGAAGGGGUAUUGGUAACUGAAGAUGAGGGCCAUUGUAAACACAAGGAUUUGAGGGUAUUUUUUAUACACACGUGCAAGAUGGUGACUGAAAGAGAGCAUGACAUGGCAUCUGUUUUUAUCCUCUCUAUUCUUAUUUAGAUAAAUACAUCAGUUCAUUUACGUUAAAUUGUUUUAGGAAGUUAGACUCUUAUUCAGUACGACUGCAUAAUACAAAUGUUUUGGCCGAGUUUGAAAGAAAGUAAAUUUGCUUGUUAAUUUAACAGCUGCAAAUUCGUUACACUGUGUAGGUGGAAAACAUUCCUUCGUGAUGCUGGCAUUUCGCCAGAGCAUUUUAAUGACAAUAAUUAUUGUUAAAGUACGUUGCUGCUUUCAAUGAAACAUAUUUGACCUCUAGUCUUAAUUGGAGGGGUGGAGAAUGUGUUCUCUUCUGACCAGUUAUGAUGGCCACCCCCAUAAAAAAUGCUUCGAGUUCAAAUCCCAGCCUUUGCCCGGCUUCCCGGCCCCCUCCAAAUUAACAUUGAUAGGUGCAUUAGGAAGUUUGCAUCUCAUGAUGUCCACCAGGAGAUGGGUAUGGGAAUUGUAUAUGCUACCCAGGACCCUAAAUUUGGAUGCUGUUUUUGAAUGAUUUUAUUUAUUUCCCAUUCUCAAGAAGGGCCUAAUUUUCUUUAUUUUAAUGCACCUCUCUCUAUUUCACUGCUGGUAUUGUGAAGCUUUUGUGCCCUUAAAGGGAACGCCUUGAACAUACAUAUACACUGUACCUGUAGGUAUCGUUUUUAGAACUGGGGAUGUUAAUUCUCACCUCCUAAGGCAUUCUGUAUUCCACAGCUCCCUCCUCUUUUCUGAGCCAAUAAUUAGCCAUGGCUAAUCUGUAAGGAUCUGGCAACUAAGUCAAUGGACAAACAGAUGAUGUAGUGGUAGUUUAUGGGAAUUUUGAAAGUAAAUGUGAAUUUAAAGGAUAAUCACCUGAAUCAUUAAAAGCUGUUUAUUAUGGGUUAAAAUGGUUUCACUUAUCUGCAUUGUGUUUUGUUUUGUUGAAUAGCAGCAGCUCAGUCAGGAGGAGACACAUCUGUCCUAUCUCCAACAGUUGUCCAUGCCUACAAAUAGUAAGUUCCUAACAAAGUCUAUAACCUUAAAUGUAUGAAAAAAAGAGACCCCUUGGUAAUAGGAUACUUUACCAACCUCAUUGGCAACUCUAUUGAAAAAGAGUGUUGCCAUUGCAGAGUUGUUGUUUGGCUCAUUAAGCCUGUUGAUCAAUUUUUUGUGUUCUUAUUCGCUGUCAAAGCUCUUCAUCAUUUGGGAUAACCUCCCAGACAACUUUCACCCUAAGGGUGGAUGGUGCCACUCACUGGCACUAAAUGUAUGCCAGAGGUGAUUGGUAACUUUGCAUUAAUUUAGCUAACCAGAAAGUCUCCAUUCUUGUACUUGAAUCAAAUUCAGAACAUCCUGAAUACAUGUACAGAUUAAGUAGCUGCAGCAUGGGAUUGUAUUCACUCAGUGAUACCCUGGAAGAAAGUUUCUUGUUGUAUAAAAUAAUAAUAUUAAUGUUAAAGUAGAACACAGCGAGGGUUGACAGGCCACUUGAUCUCUAUACUGGUGCAAAACCUUUCAAAACUGACUUUAUAUCUUUCCUUUUAAACUAAUAUACAACUAACUGCAGACAGUACUGUUUCGGCCUUCUGGACCUCAUCAGUGCAGUGCUGAUGUCUAGGAUGGGGGUUAAGCUUAAAAAGCCACCCCAAAUGUCCCACACAUGUGGUACAUCUAAGCCAUGCCAGAGUGCUCAAACUAGCGAGCUAGCGAGCGUGCGCAAUUGCUAGCGGCAAUGACUCAUCCUAGUAGAGUGCUCAAUUUGGACAUGAAAGCAAAAGCUUUGUAAUGCCAAAGAGCUAUAUCUAACUGCAUAAUUCUUGGUGGUGCUCCCUGUUGUCUCAGUGUCAUUUUUCUCUCAACACCUCUAAGCAGAGAUUUCGUUGUUGGUGAAUACCAUUUCAAGGUUGUGCUCUGAACCUGUGAUAUCUAGGGUACCCAGCAUAAAAGGUUUCAUGCCAAAAUUAAGACUUCUCAGUCUCCAAAGAGCUAAAGUUGAGUAACAGAGGCAACUGUGCGCCAUAAGAUCACACAAUCCUGCAUGUACAGUGUACUGAUAGCUCCAGCCUGUUUCUACAUUGUAAGUUGGUAGAGACAUUUUCAAUUGAUUUUAGUCUUAAAUCUUUGUUUUUAUUAGCGUCAAUGGCCAGUAUGCUAGCCAAGGGAAGUUAGGAGCAGCAGUUCUAGCAAAUCAUGCUGCAAAUGAUGUAAGCAUUGACUGAUGUUUGUCCCAUUGAAAGCUCAUUUCAGUCCCUAUGUAUAUGUACCGGUAACACCUGCAAUCAUGGGAGAGUUGAAAAUUGCUGAUCAAACCUCAAUAUUAUUAUUCAGACAUGGUUAUUAGUUUGGAUAAUUUUAAAAGAGUCUGGAUAACUGAAAAUUUAAAUAUUUAAAUGACAUUUUUCUAGUCACUACUGUUAUUGUUUCCCACACAUGAUUGUCCAGUGUAGUUGAGAAGUCAGUUUUGGCAUUCAGCUGGAUGCACUUCAUCGCUUACGGUGUAACUACAUGUACUACUGCUUUGUCUUUAGAGGGAAAACAAUAAACAAGAAACCUCUGCUCACAGGGUAGAAUAAUUAUUAUUCAAGCAGAGGUUUCUUUCUGGCAUGGCUUUUAGAAUUAAUUUUUAAAGGCGUUCGCAUGGCUUGUCAGUCACCUAGUUGGUUUGUUUCAAUACACCUGGAGAGAAACCUUUGCAGUGGCCAUCUGUGGUUUCUGUUAAGCAUACUGUAAACCAGAUUGUUAAAUCAUUACUGAAGGGAUAAUGGUGUAAAUUUCAUCAGUUGGAAGAAAUAUAAUGCAAUCAGCCUAUGGCUGCUUUUUUCUAAACCUACUCAUAUAAGUACCGGUAUAAGGUAUCAAAAAGUACUUUAAUUAAUUUUACUCGUCCCAUUUCCAGACAGGUAGUCUUAUUUCUGGACAAGGAAAUGUGGAUGAUAAAUUGCUUUAUCUCCAGGCGUAAACAAAUGCAACUGCAUGACUGACAAGCCAUGCAAACGACUUUAAUAAAUCCUAAAAGCCAUGCCAGAAAGAAACCUCUGCUCCCAGGGAAAAACAAAUCCAUUUCAAAGGCCAGACCCAUGAAAAAAGUCUGGAUAAUAAAAUUAUUAAGAAGUCUGGUUAAUGGAGGCCCAGUUAAUUGUUAUUUGACUGUAUACCCUGUAUCUUACAACAUUUUUGUCAUGUGUUUUUUGUGACUGUCAUAUGCAAAUAGUUAUUUGUACAUGUGAAUUAUUAUGUUAUGCUGUAGCACAGACUAUUUUUUACCCUUCAAUUAAUCUGAAUUGAGUGGAGCAUCAAUAAGAUUUUUUCUUAAUACAGUAGUCAAUUAUUUUUCUUAUUGUUAUUUUCUGUUGCUAGGAAAAUAGCUUUGACAGUGGUGUUUAAUGCAAAACUUACUAAAGUGUUCUCCUUUUUACAGUACAGGAUAUUUAUAUAUGCAGCCAAAAAACAGCAAGUUACCACAGGCAAAAUCCAUGGAAACUUUUCAUUCACAGUAAGCCAUCUCUGUCUGGAUUAAUUUUGUAGGACUUUGGUCAUAAUAAAAGGGUGCAUGCAGUAAAGCUCUAAGUUUCUCUUGAUCGAUAAACUGCUAGAUUCUCCACUGUGUUUUAGAACAUGGCAAACAUGUCAUGUGAAAUGAUCAGCAAAAGAGUGAUUAUUAGAUUGCUUUUUUAAAAAUCUUUCGUAUAUUGCUGUAAUUGUAAUUAACUGCUCUUUUCUCUUCAGUCUAUUAUUAUAUUAUUAUAUUAUUAUGGUUACUGCAUCUAUUUAUUUUUGCUCUUUGUGGUUCCUCGCCUGUAUCUAUAUUAAAUGUAGUUUGUGUUAUGGUGGCCAACAAGAAAACCAAAUGGUUCACUUGGCCAUCAUACUCCAACUUUCAUAUUAACUCCAUAGAAAAGUUUAUCUUGUUUAACAUGACCUAUAAAGUCUGUAACUUAGCAUUAGUCAAAAUACAGUGUAUUGAGUGAAAAUAAACUGAACUGAACUGAACUGAACCAAGGAGUCCAUAAAAAGACCACACACAAGUGUUAAUAUUGUCAACAAUAUAUUUUUUGAUUUUGUCAGUAGUGAUGUUAUCAAAUGUUGAACAUUUCAUAAUAAUUGAUUAUUGUGUCACUUAAAAUUUUUGAUCAAUAAUUAUUAUUAUUGGUUUUCCUGUGACGUCACUAAAAUUCAAACUAAGAAACUAUCGAUUCUUAUGAGUUUCUACUUUCACGAAGCAUUACAGCACCUGUUAGACACCUUUACUUAAACAAAGUUCUGGUCUGAAAGGGUUCUUCCUUUUGUGAUAGAUGACACUUGAAUUUCCAGGCUUUUGUGUGAGGCAGCAUUUAGCUAGUGCUCGGGAAAGCUCUUAUGUAGGUUAAAAACAUUACUGACUUUUUGCGAUUUUGCUUUCUAAACAUUUCUUGUCCCAGAAUAAAGUUAAUAAUACUUUAAUCCUUAGUUGUAUGAGUUCCUCAAGCGAUUGUUUUUACGCAUUAGUAGGAAAACUCAAAAACAGAUUUUUCUGUUGGAUUCUGGCGGCCAUAUUUGUGCCCCUCAAAGGGACGUCAACAUACAAAGCUUUAUAAUAAUUUGGGUUAAACAUUUUUCCGAAUAUCUUGAAUAUGAAAUAUCGUACAGACCUGGUUGUUGGCGAGGCCUUUUGUAUAUUUAUCUUCUUUCAUUUCCCAGAUUCUGGACUUUCUGUAUUGAAUGGUUUGCAUUUUUAUUUUUAUGGCAAGUCAGUGAAAACAGAGGAUGGAUUAUUUUGAUGAUCAGCAUACUAUUACUGUACCUAUGAUUAAUUUAGUUUUAAACUCCUGCCACAUCUAUUUAUCCCGUGCUCAAAAAUCACUCAAAACUCAGCAAAUAAAUGCGUGAAAUGUGAGUCAUGUUUUAUUGUAUUUAGGACUGAAAAAGGUUAUUCCAAAAAUUGUCCCUUUAAUUUUACAACCACUACAGUCAUAAUUUUGUUGGUCAACUUCCUGUCCUUGAAAUUCAUCAGAAACUAUGAACUAUGAAAGUAUUUUUGAGUGUGAGACUGUCUAAAUGUAUAAUUAAUAAUUUUUGCUAGAUUUAUGGAAAGCAAGGAACUAUCUUCACCUUUCUUGUAGGUUCAAGGAAACAAUUAUGCAAGUUUUUAUGAUGACCAGAGACAAACAUGGUCACUUUGUUUUGACUCAGAAAAGACAAUUUCAGACUUCGCCAAGCAGGUAAAGCAAACAGAAUUGCAUAUUAGUUCAAAGUGGAACAAAGUUCUACAAUGCUACUGUUAGCUUUCAUGUUUCUGGCCAGAGUGGAAAAUACCAUAAUAUUCUUUAAACUGUAUUUUGGGUUGUGCUUCAUGUAAACCUUGCUUUUGUAGUUUUUUUGUUUUUUUUGCACAAACUGCACGUGCAGUACAUGCAAAUUUACAAGGUGCUGAUGCAUUGCACGUGCAAAUCGUGCAGAGAACAAAAGACAUUGCAAAAGUUGGGUUUACAAGAAGCACCACUCAAACAGAAAUUUGAAGAAUAUUAGGGUAUUUUCCAUUUUGGCCAAUUAUUUGUUUAAUCAGGGAAUUUAUGACAAUUAUAGCUGCAGUAGGUUCCAUCUUUUUCAAAAAGAAAGCCUUAUCACAAAUAUUAGUGUUUCAUCCCUACUCCAUGAUAGUCAGCUGUUUAUUCUGCAGUAGUGAGGUUUGGUGUCUGCAAAAAUUAAGAAAUCAAUGAAUUAUCACUGCUUUGGCCAAGGUGAUCAACUUCUUAGGGGCUUAUCUUGGUUUCUACCAAAUUAUAAUAAACAAGUAAAUUGUUAACUGCCAUGUAAUUAAAAAUUUAAUCUCAACUUAAUUUAUGUUGUUGACAGUACUAAAAAAAAAUAACAUACCAAUGAAUGAACCCAUAGCUUUUCUGUAAUGUAAAUGACAUAUGGUUGACCUUUUAAGGUGUACAUGUACAUGUAUUAUUAAUUUUCUAUGUUUGUAACUACCCUUCCUUAAAAUUAUGAAUAUGCCUUCUUGACCAAUCUUGAGGUCAACAUGCCUGGAUAAUUGUCCAAAUUCUGUUUUUUGCAGUUAUAGGGGUGGAGAGAAAUUUGAGGUGCAUAAAAAUGCGAUAAAAAGAACAAGCCUGUUAUCUAUCCAUCUUAACCAAACAGACUUGGUUGAUGAGGGUUUAUUACAUGGCCAAGAGAAUUUUUUUUGUGCAGUACCAACUGGGAAAUCCUGGGUGGACUAAUUUAUAUUAUUAAUCUAUUGCUUCACUUUCAUUUUUAAAAAUUGCCUAAUUUUUGUAGGUUGGAUUGUCCAAGUUCAACUCUGCUCCUACAACUCUUUGCACGCAAGACCUUAUUCCUGGUGAUGGACAGGUUAUCGAAUUUUUCUAGUUGUUUUUUUCAUGUCGGUAUUAUUAAUUGUUUUGAAUUAAUUAAUUUUUGUCACUUAUUUUAAUAGUUAUAAUGAAAGGUUUUGAGUGCUUUCCAUUCAACAAAAAUUCCGGUUUGAAAUUUCGGAAAUUUCAUUUGCCCAAUGGAACAAUACAUUCUGGUUGCACAGACAUGACCUAAGCCACCGUGCGUUUGGUUAUUGUGCUUGUAAGCAGGAUACAAAAGAGCGGUACUGGGGACAACAAUUUUGUCAAAUGGAAAGGGGAAUUUUUUAGUCUGACCGACUGAAAUGACGAGACUGGUCAAGCUAGACCACCUUCAAAGCUGGUCCUGAAUAUUCCGGUCGGACCAAACCAAAUUGGUCCAUUCCAUUAUUUGAUGUACCAACCGAAAUUUCCUCAAUUUAGGGUUGAAUGGAAAGUGCCCUUUGUUUAAAUGUACAUGUGUAUGUUAAUAAUUAAUAAUACAAAUGUAAUGAUUAUAAAAUAGCUAAUAAAAUGUGUGUUCUGCUGUUUGAUUGUGUGGUUUUAGGCAAUUGAACUAGGAGAUGCUUUGGAAGUCAAAUAUACAGGGUGGUUAUGGAAGAAUCAUAAUUUUGGAAAUGUGAGUAGGAAGGAGGGAAAAAUAAUGAUUAUGUGCAACUAAAGUUUCCUCCUUCGAAACCUGCACACAAUACAAGAAUUUGAAUAACACAGUAGGUAUACUCUCGGGUUUUAAUGAUUCAAGUAAACUUUUUGGCCCAGAUGCCAGUCUUUUUGUUAGAAAACACAUGCAGUGGAACCUCAAAAUAUAAAAGGGCCAAGGGACUGGCAAAAUAUGUUCGCAAUCACAAGGUUUCACUAUACUGAGAUUUUUUUCAUAUAUUUUACUAUUGCUGGGGCAAAGAAUAUCAUUUGUUAAGCCGAGGACGCAUUUAUAUUAAAAGAGGUUGCACUUUACAAAUGUACAUUGUUAUGCAUUUUAGCCUAGUUGUGUUUACAGUGUACACCAAUUUCCAAAGUGAAAGAUGGAGGAUUUUAUAAACUUCACAUUUUAUGAAAGUGUGGGGUCUAUCAUUAAGUAUGAAAAGGCAGAAAUGCUGACAUCGUAGUUGGUCAUGUGUACAAGCUCAAAAAUGGUGGGAACUGAUGAGAGUGACAUACACCUAUGUACAUGUACUCAUAUAUUAAGUUUUGGUGGUUUGCCUGUUUAAAGGUAUUUGACGGCAAUACUGAGACUGAUAAGACGUUUAAAUUCAAGACAGGAAAGGGAAAGGUUAUCAAGGUAUUGUUGAAUGUAAUAUUAACAAAUACUUUUUAUGGCUGUGCAUUAUUUUCACAUUAAGUCUUCAGAACAUCUAAUUUUCUUGAUUUUCUCAAUAUUAAAAAAAAUUAAAAUUGCUUAAAAAUCUUGUUGCCUCUUUCAGUAACUACAGUUCUCCUUCCAUAUUUGUUAUUUUAAAAAAUAUAUAUUCUGAAGGAUUAUGUAAUUGAAAGUGGAUCUGUUGCUUAGUUUUUAUGUUUCUGUACACUCUGCACUGAGCCAGGUAUUUAGUAAUCUAGCCUAAGGAAGCGUACAUGUUUAAUAUAAUUUGUUAUAGUUGUGGUCUGACUCUUCAACCAUUUUUCUUCGAGUUUUUAAGGUAUCCCACUUCCACAACAAUAAUAUUAUUAGUAAUGGUAACAGGACUGAGUGGAGUCCAAUUCAGUCUGUAAUUAUACGAGUGAUUGACAAAAUCGCGGUCGUCCGAUUUGUUUAAUCCCGAGUAUGAUUACAGACCGAAUUGGACAACACAAAGUUCUGUUACCAAUUAAUCAUAACUUUUACAAAAUUUGUGAUAUAAUAGGCUAUUUUUUAAAUCAAAACACAAGAAAUUCAAAAUUUUGUUUUGCUAGCAGUGAAAAAAAAAACCAUUUAAGCGUACGCAUGAUAGCGCAUACUGUCCAAUUACUUAACCAUGACGCGUAUUGUCCUAUUAAACUGUCCAAUAUUAUUAAGGCUUAAAUCAGGGCAGUUGAUAGCCAAUCAAAUUUGACAAUUUUGUCUUACUUAUGAUUAUACAUGUAAUAAUAAUGAUAAUGAUAAUGAUGACAAACACUUAUUGGAUGAAGCUUCGUAUCAUUAUGGAGAUCGAGGAGGAUAACACCCUCCAAGAUAUCCAUAAUUCUUCAGAUGAUAAGUAAGUUGAAUUCAAAGUAAUUCCUAGUUUAGAAACAAGCCAAAGCAUGCUUUUCUCCAUCGAUGUUAAGUUCAUUUUCAAUUGCCUGUUUAUCGGCAAGUCGAGGAGAUAAAGGGAUCUUUAGUUCUGCAAGUAUUCUCCAAAUAGCAGAUGUCAUCCUUCGAGUUGUAGUCUUGCUGUUCUUGCUAUGUUUUUAGCCAGUAGUUUGCCUAUUUCUUCUUCACAAAACGAGUGAAAUGUUGCACCAUAUAGUAUUGCUCUACCAAAACAAAUCAACCUCAUCUCCAGAGCUUCUCGGUCAACUGUUUAGCUUUCUGGCAAUUAUUAUGCUGUCAGUAGAAUUGACAUCAAUUUUCACAUAUUGGAAGCUUCUUCCAAAUUUGGUCAACAGUCACUGGUUAUGAUGAAUUAUCCAUGGGAUUUGAGCUUAUCAGAAACAGAGAAAUAUUUUGAUAUGAAUAAUGAUGAUGAUGAUGAUGAUGAUGAUGAUGAUCAUCAUCAUCAUCAUCAUCAUCAUCAUCAUAAUAAUAAUAAUAAUAAUAAUAAUAGUAAUAACAAUAAUAAUAGUUGAUAUAUUUACAUACCUGUAUGAAUUUCAUUUAUUUAAGGGAUGGGAGCAAGGUGUAAUAGGCAUGAAGAAAGGUGGUAAAAGGCUAAUCGCUAUUCCUUCAUCCCUGGCUUAUGGUGAAAAGGUAUGUGGUCAACAUAUUGCAAAACUGUGUGGUUUGUUCAGGAAGUCCUUGAAGAAAUUCAUCAGGCUAGUGAAGUUAAUAUUGAUUUAAAUGUUCUCAAAACAUAGCCAGUCUUAACGUCUUAAUGAUGCUGACAGUUUCGAUGACUGUCAGCCAUCUUUGUUUAGAUAAAGAUGGCCGACAGUCAUCGAAACUGUCAGCAUCAUUAAGACGUUAAGACUGGCUAUGUUUUGUGAACAUUUAAAUCGAUAUUGUUCAGGAAGUCUUAUUUAUACAAAUUACUGAUUGUUAAAUAAAUUUAGUCUGUAAUAAUUGAUAUUAAUCCUGGGAAUUUUGCAGAAAAAACACCUUUGGAAGCUAGUCGAACCAUUUUCUGGUCACUCUCUGGCUAUGUAUAGGUGGUGGCCUUUUGUUCCAGGUGCAAAAUAGCAGCUACACUGUGUAUUGAAGUUCAGGCAACUUUUAAACCUAACUUUUACCUUACGGGAAAAGCUUAUUAUGUUCACUGGAAUUUUCUGGUCAUUCUUGCGUGGUUUUCUAGUCUCCUUGACUGAAUCAUGCUCGUUCUGGCAUUGUUAAAAAGAUCUCCUCCUCUUACUCUAGCUGAAUGUCAAAGUUGUGACUGUUAUAACUGACGUCACAAGAUGUACAAGGGACAUGGAUCCGCACAGGCGGUUAAAGGCAGUUUAGGAGCAAAGGGUUAAAUUUGGAUUUAAUACAUGUAUCUUAGUAUGGAUGUUAGCACUGUUAAUUAAGUAUAAUUUUGUUAAAAUUUGUCAGGGUGUGAGUGGCAGAGUUCCUCCUAAUUCCCCACUCUUGUUUGAAGUAGAUGUUCUCAGGGUAUGUAGCACAUACUAUGUUACUUAGUCCAUUAUGUUACAACUUGUCAGCAGGCUUCUGUUCUAUGUACAAAAAUACAACACUGUGCAAGGCUUCAGGAAACAACAUUAUAAAUAAUUUUCUCACUUCAUGUAUUUACUGUGGUACAGGUCUAUAUGUACAGUAAAUUAAUGUGUAGGUCCUUUCUUGAGGAAAGUUGCCACUGACAACAGAUUAUCAUGGCGGCUUUUUUCUAAUGAGCUGUGACACAAAACUGGAUGGGUUGAUUUUUUAAACGAAGUCUAACUUAAGCUGCAGUGUAACAAUUCUUCCAACCUCAAGAUCUCUUCCUUAGUGGUUUACUUUAAGAAGAUAAAUACUGUUCUUGUCUGCUCUGUAUGCUUUCAUGACACUGUCCACAAUAAUGGUGUUUGGAUAAAACUUUGGAUAAAACCGUUGGGCAAAUUGAAAAUGGCUUAGAAUGUGGUUUUGUUAAACACUGGCUAAACUAUGUUUAAAUAACUGGCUCUACAACAGGGUUGUCAUUAAGAACCGGGGGCCGGGGAUUUUCCCCGGCUACUAAGAGAGUGGCCCCCGGCUACUUUUAUUGGAAAAUAGAAGAAAAAUAGAACCAAAAGAAAUCCCUAGCCGUUUGAUUCCCUGCCUACUUCUUGUAUUUACCCGGCAACUUGAAAUCUUAGUGACAACCCUGCUACAAGUUUAUCCCACUUAAGAGGAAAUACUUUGACUUCAGAAAUGACACAAUCAAGAACAGAAUGCUAUUGGAGAGAGACUAAAAAAGGAAGCCCUUCUGUCAAAGUCUGCAUCCAUAUCUAAAGAGAUGUUUAAAAAGAACUUGUCAGUGAAAAACAUUCAAAUUUAUGAAAAUACCAUUUUGAAAAUGAUUCAUUCAUUUACUUCAGUAAUAUUUAUAUGAAAUGCUUUAAACUUGGCUAAUUAGAAGUACUCAAUUGCUGGUAUUAAAUUUUGUUACUCUUUGUGACAGAUCAAAUCCAGUAGAGAUUCAAGUGAGUCUCCCCUGACAGUUCAAGAGCCCACAGUCAGUUCCCAGAGCAACUCCGAACAGCUUCCUGAUAUCCUGUCUGAGCCAAGUGGUACCAGAAAACGCUCCACAGACUCUGCUGCCUCCCAGAUGAGGUAAUUAUUAGCCAUCUCAUCUUUCUUUUUUAACUGAUCAAAUUUAAAAAAUGGCAUAAUGGGUAACAUGGUUCAUACAGGCUCUGGAAAAUCUAAUGAUUUUACUCUAGCAUUAAUUUCUCAGAGAAUAGAAUGUGAUUACAGUAUCCUGGAAAUGUGUUACAUAGACUACUGGGUGGUAUUAAAUAUUACUGAAGGCGUAAAGCUGUAGCAAAUGAUAAAAUUGCAGCCUUGUAAAUGCUCUCUCACUAUAUUUAUACAAUUUUUGAGGAAACAUUUAUUUAGUAUACCCAGAAUAUUUUUCUCCUAAACAUGCUUAACACUGCACUUUUCACAUGACAUGUCUGUUCCAAAACAGUUCUCUCCCUUUUUCUGAAAUAUGUGGGUUUUUAUUGCAUGUUCACCAGGAAAUAUGCUGGAACUGGUGCUAUUUUUCUACUCUUGUGGUGAUAUUCUCUCAAAUAUUCUGUUUGUUGCUCACCUCUACACAGUUUAAUUUCGACUUAAAAUUUGUUUCUUUCCUCUACACUUUCUCCUUGCUUUUUGCUCCCAUCUUUUAAAUGCUUCUUCCAAUCAAGAUAAAAAAAAUUUCCCCAGGCAGUACAUUAUACACUAACAGAUCCCAAGGGAAACAGUUAUUUUUGUUUUCCCGAGAGUCCUGAUGUUUCCCGAGACGAAGUCGAGGGAAACAUCAGGACUCGAGGGAAAACAAAACUAACUGGUUUCCCGAGGGACCUGACAUUAAGGGUUUUGUUAUAUUUCUAGACUUUCACUUCAACAGCAACAAAAGAAUAACCGGAGCGAACCAAAACAGUCGACUCGGUACUUAUAACAACACAAAUUUAAUUCUCAAAGCCACUGAAUGAAUGAUUUACAAACAAAAGUACUUUCCUCAUAUUAUGUGCAUCUUUUUCCUCCACUAGCUGCUGUUUUUCUUCUGGGAACUUCUGCGAUAACUUUAAAAAUCGUUGCUUUUUAGCUUAAGGCUUCGUUUUUUUGUUGUUGUGUUCAUUCACGAAAAAGAGAACUGGCUGGGCCUGGCGGUGUUUUUCCCGCCUUCUGUCACGCCACUUUCCACCAUGCUUUGAUCACGUGCUGCAAUGUAUCCCGAGCGGGAUACAUUGUUUAAUGUAUCACGAUCGGGAUACAUUUGAUUUUAGUCAAGGCCACGUGACCAAGAAUCAACCAAUGGCAGUCCCUGUUUAGUUGAGUGAAAGUCUAGGAAUAUAACAAGUAGUUUUGAUCAUGCUCAGAUUAAACAGUUUUGAUCAUAAUUCUCAUACUGCACUGUCUGAUGUGAACCUUUUUUGUAGUGAAAGAUGUUAAAUUCAUUAAAUGCUAUUGUGUCACAUUUUGUACAAAUUCAAUGUGAAGACAGCAUAAAUCCUAGAAAAGUCCUUGGAAAGUUCUGUUUUACCACAGCUGGAUUAGCUGGAUUACAUGUAGUUCGGUUGGUAGAGCACUUGACUACAGAGUGGAAGGUCCCGGGUUCAAUCCCCGUGGCAGGUCUAAUAACUAGGGUCUUAAAGAGAAAUGAAGGUACUUCCUUUGCCCUGCAAACAGCAUCACCUUCACGUGGCUCAGAUGACCAGUGGUGAUCCAUCUCCUGAAGGAGACAUAAAAAAAUAGUGUCCUCACAUAGUUCUUUUCACACUGAAUACAUUGAUACUCAAAUGAAGUACUAUGUUUUUUACAGUGUACCAGCUGAUAGUAGCAUAAAGGGGAGAACGGCUUCUAUCAAUGAACAACUUUCUCAGGUUAGAAUGUACAUUCUAUUGAUGCCUUGAAAUCAUGUUUUGCAUUGCUUCUGUGUUCAACAUCAGUUUAACAUUGGUGGCAAUAAGAAGUUGGAUGGUACUAGAUGUAGUAUGUUAAAAGACUAGUUUGUUGCCACAGGUCUCCUACCUGAUCUGACCAGUUGCUCGUAGCUGAAAAGAUCAGCAACUUGAUAGUGUCCUGUACGGUGUAAGUAAAAGAAGAAUCAUGAAAGAAAAGGAAGAUGUAAUAGUAUUCAACAUGGCAUAGCUAUCUUGGGUUAACAAAAUCUUUGUUCCCCUUCAAUUUUGGUGAAACAUUCAUCACAUUGAAAUGACAUCCAUUGCUACUAUAGCUUGUGAAAUAAGCUGCCUCUCAUUGCUUGCUACUGCGGGAGAUGUUUUGUGAGAGACACUUCUGGAGCAGAGAGCAAUAAGAGCCAGCUAUUUUCAAGCCAUCGCUGCUAUCAUUAUUAUAGCAGUAAUGGGCAAUCACUUGCUUAAACUUUGGAGAGGCCUGACUGAGUUAAACAUUAACACUUUAAGCCUUAAUAUCCACUUACCAAUUCUCCAAACUGAUCUCCAUACAUUUCGUUAAAGACUAAGUUGGGAGAAUUUGAUAAAAGAUCAAAGCAUUUUCCCUUAGGUGAUCAUUUAUUAAAUCUCAUAACCUUUUGUUUUGAUAAUGACAUUAUCAAAAUUAAUAUUAUCAAUAUAAAAUAAUGACAAAAUCAAUACAUUGUAUUGAUUUUGUUUGGAGAAAAUUGAUGUUGGUCACUCUUGGGACUUCAAGGGUUAAUGUGGUCACUGUACUGUUAGUGAAAUAAUUAUUAUUCGCUAAAUUUUGUAGUCUCCUGGGAAAGGCACAGACAAAGCUCGUUUGCUUGCUAGAAUGUCUAAAAUGGGUAAGAAUCCAUUGUCUCUUCCUGGAGCAGUUGUGGCUGAACCAGAAUAUGAUGCUUACAUGGGCGAACCAGAGCAGGUACUCUUAUGAGUAGCAAAGUAACAGACUGGCUCCUGAUUGUUCAAAUGUUGGAUAAUGCUAUCCACAGGAUAAAUCACUAGCCAGUAGAUUGUAAGUCUAAGUGAAACCGAUAGAAUUGAGUUAUCCGUUGGACAGAGAUUUAUCUAGUGCAUAGCAGUGAUAGUCAUCCCAGGGGUGCUUAUAUCAUAUACACAAAUCACCUGGCCUGUUUGACCAGUUUGAAAUAUCUGUUUCUGAAAAUUCAUUGUAGACUACAAAAUAUUUAUUUUAGCUACAAUUGAUUAUUAUAGUUUGUACAACGUACACCUACUGUUUACAUUAAUUGAAUCACCCUUUAAAAUACCAUAAUGAUUAUUAUACAUUGUGCUCACUAUCUGUCUUCUCAUUGGCCAAAAUCCUACAGCUAAUUUUGGAAAUCAACACAACCUACAGAUUAGUUAGUUAUCUGCUAGUAAAUAACUGACUAAUCUGAAUGUUGAGUGUGCACUGCAUGAUUUCUAAUAACAAUAUCAUUUUAGGUUCCCUGCAAUGUUGUGUUUGUCCUUAUUUUCAUCAAAACAAUGUAUAAUAAAAUAAUCAUUAGAUUCAGUUUUUGUGAUAUCCUAAAUAGUCAAGAUCUCGGUAAGUGCUAUCAGCCUUGGCCUUCGGCUUGACUGAUAACACUUACCUCGACCUUGAUUAUUCCAGAUAUCACAAAAACCACUUUCAUUAAUAAUUAUUGUUUAUAAUUUCAGUCUAGUUAAGUUGCAGGAAAAACGCUAAUCAUUAUUACAGAUUAAUCUUAUAAUGAUGACAAUAAAUUCUAUAGGAGGUACCCCCCAAUCCAGAGCCAGCUGUUCGUGACACAAGAUCAGAGAGUGACGCAACAAGCCCUCCAGCUAUCAACUCCAAUCCACAUCCCAGCCCACGAGCCAAGCCUCAACCACCCCCCAGACCUGUUCAAGUUCAUCCUGAAGUUCAUCAGCCAAUGCACAAUCCAGCUCCUACAGCACAGACAAUGCAGCAACCUGUAAUCAACCCACAACCAUUAAUGAAUCCACAACCACUGGUGCCGUCAGCCUUCACACCGCAACCACAACCACAACAGUCACUUGCUUUGUAUCAGGUAUGUUUCUCAUACUUAUUUUACAUUUUAUACUAACUGUACAAAUUUGUAGAAACUCUCAGCAUUUCAUGUUUUUUGCAGUAUGAGGUCAGUAGUCGAGAGUUGUCUGUGGAAAUGCCACAGAUUUUGUGUUUUUUCUUGUGUAAUGUGAAUGCAAAUGAAUAAAGAACAAUAAUAUUUUCUAUUGUGUAUACUCUUAUAGAUCUAACAAAUGAUGCCAUAAAUUAAAUUGUUUUAAACCUUGCGGUGAGAAUUUUUGCUUUUACUGCUCAGAAGGCUCUUCUAACGUUUGGCUAGAUAGAUGUCAUCUUUUUGUGCUCCUGUAACUUUUAAAAUAAAAGCCAGGGAUGGAAUACCUGGGGUGCUUACCAUUUACGCAAGCAACCCGGAUGGAAAUCUUGUGCAUUAACAUAUGCCUAUUAAAUUUGACUCGGCGGGAGAACGACCCGCCACAAAGUGUAUCUAAGUCAGCUGAACAGACUAAAAAGAGUGCAAAAAUAGAUUCGCCUCAAAUCACAGCCCAUAUUUCUGAGGCUUCUAAAACGGAAAGGCGUGAACCAUUUGAUUUUCUAACCGGAGUUUCCGGUUUUCUUAUGUAAAUGGUAACUAUUCCAAAAUUACAUUGUGAGUAUUUUGCUUAAGAUAAUGCUAAGUGUACUUUGCAUUCCUUAUGCCAUUCUUUCAGCCUCCGGCUCCCAGCAGCAUGGGAUAUCCCAUGAUGGGUCCCCAGCCACAGUUUAUUACCCCUCCAUAUUCUGUACCCCCUCCGCCACCCCCUCCGGCACAGCCCACUGCUAGUGAUGCCAUGGUCCCCGUACUUAUGGCCGAGACUCGGCAACAGCAGGGAGAGAUCCGCAUGUCUAUUGGCAAACUGUCCGACAAGAUUGACGACCUUUCUAAUAAGGUGAGUACAGUUAAAGUAAAGAAUUUACUGGGUUUACACUGUUUUAACAUCCGCAACUCUAUGUGUAGACUUAAGAAAUCCUUGAUACAUUCCCGCUAAUGUAAUGGUAAAGUUUGACCCCUCUCUAGCUUUGAGAGUUUUGGGUUCUUCCAGCUUUGCUGCUGUUGAGUAUCACCUGGAAUCUUUGGCCAUUUUGAGGCCUCGCUUGGGACUGGGCCAGUAUUUUUCGAAUUGCACUGUGGGACUGUUUUGAGGGAUGAUUUUUGACUCAGUUCUCUGCGCAACCUUGUAAUAGCUAAUGAAAGAAGCGAUAAAUUCUGAGAAUCCUGUCACAGUGAAACCCUGCACCCCACCACAAAUAGGAAUAAAAUUGUCAAUCUAAUGAGCCCCUGUUUUUUGUCAGAUAUUGGUAGAACUGUAGAACAGAGAAUUAGCUCUAAAGUAAAAAUUCCUGCAAAUAACCCGCCAUACACCCCGCUGUGCGUUACCCUUAGUAUAGGGAAAUAGAGGAUCACAGGAGGCAAGUAAAAAGUCGAUUGACUGUGGUGAGACUUGUCAGACGUUACGGUAGGUUCGAAUCCUUUUCGUGAACUCGAAUGUGGCAUCUUUCUCAGCGUUAUAUUAUAAAUAUCUUUACAGGUUGAACGUCAUUUCCAAAGUUCAUCUCAGUUAGCUGGACCCCUAGCUCCAGCUGGUCAGAUAGGAAUUGGUGCUUUUGGUAAUCCACAAGCUGCAUUAGAGGCUUCUGUUUUAGUUCACAAUGUCACCAGAAUAGCGCAGGUAAUGUAUAAGAUCGCCGAGACAACCACUGAUAGUACAAAGAUACGAUUUCAUGGCUUUAUAUAAACUGAGCGGGAGCGUAGAUCAGGGAUAGACAGAAAUGAUUCACCCUUUAAGUCCCAAUAGUGACCAACAUCAAUUUUCUCCUAACGAUAUCCAUACAUUGUCAUGAGAUGAGGUUAUGAGAAUUAACUAAAUGAUCACCUAAGAGAAAAUGCUUUGAUCUUUUAUCAAACUCUCUCAACUCAUUUAUUAAGGAAAUGUAUAGAGAUAAGUUUGGAGCAUGUCGAUGUUGAUACCGGGGCUUAAAGGGUUAAGUCAGAGUAUUUGUAUCCAUUAACCAUUUGACUCCCGAAAGAGCUCAGAAAGAGCUCAGAAAGAGCUCAAAAUCCUAAACAUUUAGCAAAUGCCUUUAAGUUUUGGACCUUUUAUUACAGGUUAGCCGUAGAAGAAUGGUAUAGACAGAUUUAGGGGAGAGUUUUUUGUCAGUCGCAUCGAGAAACUUUUUAAUCCGCCCUAAUUUAAGUCCUUUGUAAGCCGGUUUGAAGGAGUGUCAUGAAAGACGAAGUCGCCAUGACAUUUAAUAUCAGUGAAAGUUCUCCUACGUUUUCGAGCUCUCAUUUAAAUGCCGUCACCAUAACAUUUCCUCCGCAGGUGGAAAGGUGUGGUAUUCGUGCAUGCAAUACUCUUACACUUAAGAGUUUAGGUUCACGAACAAUUCGGUUCAUUAAGAAGAAUGGUUUCCAAACAUCAGUCCAUUACUGUUCAGCGUAAAAAGUCAUUUUGUUAAUGCUUGUAUUUCUAAUGCCUUAUUAAUAGGAAAACGAGAAAUUCAAAGCUGAAAGUGCUGAGAAAACGAGGAAGAUUGAGAUGCUAAACGACAAGAUUUCAGAGUUACUGCAAAAAAGUCAGAGGUAUCUAACUGCAACGGAGUAUCGUGCUUAGUAGACCUAAUAGUUUUGUUUUCCUUUCAUAAAUCAGCUGAUCAUAAGCAACUGCAAAACUGAGGUGCUGACCACCGUAAGACUAUUGACGAUGUGGAUGGCAGUCAUGGUAUUGAUAUUAGGGAGCUUUAGCAACGACGACGGCGACGGCAACGAGGACGUCAAAAAAGUAAUAGGGUUAUUACGCAAAACAACAACUUUGCACGUGCAUUACGCUUUUUUGCACAUUUCUUUACCGUCCUUGCACGACUACGACGUGAAAAUGCCUAAUUGCAAGUUUUAUGGAGGACGUAAACAAGCGACGACGAAUCUCCUUUUCGCUCUCUCAACUUGAGUUCGGUCCUCAAGAAAUCAACUCUAGGGAAAUUCGUCUACACUUGCCAUUUUCAGCAAAUUGGAAUAAACGCUACAAAAAUUGAAAAAACGGGAAUUCAUUUUAAAACUGACGUUUUCGCUGUCGUUGCCGGCGUCGAUGCUAAAGCUCCCUAUUGAUAAUGAUUGGUGGUGGUGGUGGUGAAGGUGAUGAUGAUGAUUGUUUUUCAGAUUUGUGGAACAAAGCAACACGAUGUUGGAACAGAGAAGUGACUCGCUUCAAGUCAACACAGCGCAAUCGCAAGCCCGAGUGUUGUCGUUAGAGCAAGAAAAGGUACAAAACAAAAUAAUAACCACUGAUUUAAUACCAUUCCAGUUCACUGUGAUCUCAAGGUGUCUUUCGUUAAUAAAAAAUUAGGGAAACUAUCUCCUUUUAAGACUCAAUUGAUUCAUAAACGAGGACAGGGAAAAGGGAAACAACGGCUGCAAUUUACACUUGGUAAGACAAGAGGCCGCUACUGUAUCUUGCAUUUUGUAUUUAUUUGGUCGGGAAAAUUAUAUUUUUAUCAGGAAAAUUGAGGAAAGUCUGUGAACUGAUCUUUUUAGCAACCAAUAACAAUGAUGUUGUAUUUAGGAAUAAGCACAUGCUGCGAUUUUUUUUAGCAAACUAUAUGGUUUCACUUGUCGUGACUUUACGAAGUUGGCUUUUCGCAUAAUCUUCACACUUUAAUGGGUACGUGAUUUCCUUUGAAGAUCUCAAUGAGUGGUGAACUGACAACAGCUAAGACGCACUUAGCAUCACUUCAGAAUGAAGUCGCAUCUCUUCGCCAGAGAGAAGCAGAGCUUAGCAGCCAGCUCAGCAAAGUGACAGCAGAAUCAGACAAGUACAAAAACGAACUGACUCACACUAAAGACUCACACACAGGUUAGUUAGCUUCAGGGUGAAGCGGCGAGGCUCUGGUGUUUUAGUUGUUAAAUGUCAACAUCAGAUUGUCAAAGCAAAUUUAUUUACUUGCAAGGAAAGAUCAUUUCUGAGCAUUGUAAAUCACUUUUCUGUUCCCUGAUAUUGAGGUAAUCUCUAAAAAAGUUGGGUCUGUAUUUCCGGAUCUUAGCCACAUGCAUUCCUUCUUCACCCCCUCCCGGUUUGUCCAUUAGUUACAUUAAUGCAAAUCCUUGUGACGUGGCUCAAGUAAUUUCUCUUCAGUAAAGCUAAACAAAACUGAUGAUGCUGAAACCAGUCAGGGAAUUGCAUGUGUGUGAGGUAUCCUAACGAGAAACAGUGAUGACAGUUAGAGAUUGCAGUAGCAACAAUCGUUUAUAUGAUUAUACCAAUUUAUUAAGAUGAAACAGUUGGUGGUGUUUCUGAGGAAACAUCAACUGUAACAGGAUAGUGGAAAACUCUUCAGUAUUCCUCAGGUUUGGAUAGCUUGUUUGAUUGUGAAAUUUGUAUGUACCGGCCAGUCGAAUUGGUCUACCGUCAUGUAAGUGAUUUGUAACUGAAAUUCCUCUAUCUCGUUUAAUUGUAGAAAGUACUGAGGAAACUGAGAAACUGAAGAAAACUCUUAAGGAAGAAAAGCAAGCAAAGAAAAGACUAGAAAGCAAAGUUGACCACAUCGAAGAGGAACUCAACGAUCUGAAACACGAAAAGGAGAGUUUAGAAAAGGUGAGAAAAUGGAACAGGUCCGACAUUAGAGUAAUUCCUUUCAUUGUAUUGACAUACAAAUAGUCAUUCAGAUGUUCUGUGGAACAAAGAGCUCACUCUCUGAGAGGGAAGUAGAAAACAUCAGGGCAAAGAGAAAUAUCAACCUCAAAGGUUUAGAUCAUUGUUCAUAUUAUAUUCACGUAACAAAGGAUUUUCCUGUUUCGGGCUGUUAUGAAUAGUAUCUAUCAAUAUCGACUUGAUAAUAAACAAGUAAAGUGCAUGGACAUUUAGUUGUUUUCUAGAGCGUGCACGAAAGAAAAUCAUUUUUAGUGUAUGUAUUAAUUAAUGUUGUUGUUGAGCAGACUCUGGGAGAGCGGAAAAAAAAACACGCAGCGGACAAGAAAAAGUUUGAAGAGGAACUUGAGGAGCUACGGUCUCAGCAAGAGGUGAGUGGAUGUGGUUUCUAAAGAUGUUCAUAAUAUUUUCAAUCGAUAAGACUUAACGUUCUCUUUCAUUUCCGCUGCCUUAUUUCAAGGUGAAGUGUGAAACUACCGGUAUAUAUACAUUCACAGUCAUGUUUUAAGUCAUACAUUUGGUUUUCAUGUCAACUCAGGUAAUAGGACCAGUUCUCUGUAUUUCAUUCCCUAACUGUCGCAACACCAUUGUUCCCUUAGAAACUAACCUCUUCCUGGACGUUUUUAAAGUCGCUUGUUGAAACCUCACCAUCAUGCAUUAUCAAGCCUAUACCAUGAUUCGCGCAAGUUCUUAUUGAAAAAUCUGACCAACUAUCCAGCUGAUAAAAUGAAGCAAUAAAUGCACAUGUAAUUGCUUGUAUGGGCAGCUUUUAUGUGCUCCCCUAGACCAGAGCCUUCAGUCCCUGAUAAAGCAGUGUAUCUUUUUACAAAUGCCUUUCAGUUCCCCUUCCCCCACCCUAUGCAAUAUUGAAACUGAAGCAAAAUUGUGCAUACACUUUGUACUUUUGCCCUCGGGCGACUAGAAAAUCACAGAUUUUUCAUACAAAUCAUAUGCUGGGCACCCUAGAUUUUACAGAUUCAGAGGACUGGGCUCCCUUCAAUUUUCCUUAGAGCACAGCCUUGUAAUGGCUUGAUAUUCUUCAUUUUUUCCUUCCAGUUUAUAAUUGCCUGCUUUUGUUGAAACGAUUUCCUCGUGUUUCUUUAACAGGAGGAGAUUAUUUUCUUAAAAGAAAAACACAGAAAAGAGCAAAAAAGCAGCGGAACAGUGACAGCCCAACAGGUAAGAAACAAAAUCUACAUUGCCAAUUUGUAGAGUGGUAGUUUAAAGUAACCCCGUUGGCAAUCGGCGAACUUAAAAUUUACUCACUGCUUUUCAAAGAUAAAGUUUCUGUGAAGAAAGGAAAUUAUCUCGAGAGACAAAAGGUUUUGAUCUUGAAGCAAGUUCACUUGUAAUACUAAAGGAAAUGUAUUGCCUGGAGAAUUUGGCUUCAUUUCAAGCUUAGUGGUUGAGAUUCCUUUCCAACCGGGGAAGAUUUUUCCUCAGAAAAUUUUAGCCUCAGCUAAUAUGCUGUUGGUUUAAAAACCUCUCACACAUUCAAGUAAAGAUGCAGAAGCCAGUAGUGGAGACGGGGGAGGCGGGGGAACAGGCGACACCUUCCUCAAGACUAUCUCACUGAGGAUAGAUUUCUUUCUUAUGGAUAGAGACUCAAAGACUGGAAUAGGAAAGAAAUCAACCAACCUGCCCACCUCCCGUCCCCCCUCAAGCCCCCGACAUACGUUUAGUUUACAAAACCUCUCCCACACUCAAGUCAGAAUUAAGUCUGAGGGCGGGUGAAACCUUCCUUAAGAGUAGCGCAUCACUCAUUCAAGGAUCACUUGAGGCCAGUUAACACAGGCCUGUGUCUGUUGAUGUGAAAGGCUCUCUGUCUUUGAGGUUAAUAUCCCAGUCCUCAGCGCUGUCUCCAGUGACUGCUACCAUAUCAAAUUACGCUGUACUUGAAUUACAAGUGGCCUUAAGCUAUUCAUCGAAAGGAACGUUACUCUUGAGGUAUUCUAUUGUGAAGAAAAUGCAAAGGUGCGAGCUUUACUUUAAACAAGUGUUAGCGAAUUGGAGGAGCUUACAAGCGUUGAACGACCCUUUUUUUGUGAGAGAUUAUGAGAAAAUGAUCGCUUUUAUUAACACUAACUCAAGACGUCUGGGAUCCUGGAGGGAAGGCGGAAAAAGGGCUAAAACACCUUUGUUGACUGAUAUGUAGGUGGCCCAAGCUGAAUCGGAACUUGAGAAAAGAUGGACAGAGAAGGCAGAUAAAAUGGUUGCCCAAGCGGAGGAGAAAUGGAAAAGAAGAUUCCAGGAGGUUACAGAUGAAAAAGAAGAGGCAAACAUGAAACUUGCAGAGCUUCAAGGGAAGGUUAGCAUUGCACUUUUGGUACAAGAAAUUAUUAAUUAAGCCAUGUUAAAAACGUGUUACCAGUAUUCACAUACCUUUUGCCAAAUGGAACAUGAUUUGAUUUUAUUUGGUUUUUGGUGAGGGACGAAACAGGCUUUGCCUCCCAGUUGAUUCCAACCCCUUCUUUACACACCCAACUUAUGAGUGAUGGACCACACCACCAGUGUCUAUGUCCUCUACUCUUUUUGCAAAGCAUUGUGGGUUUUUUCACGUCACUCGAGAAUCAGAUCACUGAAAGUGCUGUGAGACCAGGGUGCGGUUUUUUCAUCUCAAUUCGAGAAGACUAAAAUGUCUAACCAGCAUUUGCAGAUGUCAGCGCGAAGACAGCACAUUCUUCCCACUUAUUUCAACACCCUGAGCGUUGGUCCGGCCGGAAAUCGAAUCCGGGCCUACCGCUUCAAAGUCUGGUACCCAACCUGUUGAUCUAACUAAACUAAACUAUUUUGAAAUCGACAUCCCUUGAUCUGUAAUUCCUUCUUACUUCCGCGAUAGUAUUCUACAGCAAAGGCGAGUGAAGACGCCAAAGAUGAAAAGAUUAAAGACCUCCAAGAAAAAAUAGAAGAUCUUGAAGGAAUACAAGAAAAGGUUAGUUUUUUUUGGCGAAACACCAGCAGUUAAUAGGCGGGGCUUAAACUACAUCGGGGAGUGGAACUUCAUUUCGAAGUGGUGCUUACGGGAUAUUAGAAAGAGAACAUGGUCUUCCAAGGGAUACAACAAAACAAUGAUACCAUGAGGGUCAUAUUAUCAUGAGGCAAUAUUUUUUGUCUUCAUAAGUAGGUGGAAUAUGAUUAUUCCGGUGAGUGUUGUCCUGAAUAGAACUGUUGUUGACAGUGACUGGCGUUUCGACAAUGUGUGCGGUAGUCAUCUUUAACUGGACUACACUCUCCCGGACGAUCAUAUUCCACCUACUUAUGAGAUGACUCCUGGGUUCAAAGCAUUCAGUUUUUAUCUUGCUUUGUUUUUGUUCAACAGUAUACACAGCUACAAUCUUUGCAAGGUAAUAAAGAUACUGAGUUGGAAGAACUAAAAUCCUCAAAACGGGAGCUAGAUGCACUUCAGGCUAAGGUUAGAAUAUUAUUUUUUUUCUCACCUAUUAAACAACGCGAACUUUCUGGCUUUUAUUAUUCAUUCAAAGUAUUCCUCAGUUUAUGAUCGACGUAAAUCCCUGUGGCUAAUUCUUCAUAAUCAGCUAGUGGUGACCAAAUGUAAGUGAUAUCUGCUGAUAUCAACAUAAUUGACGUCAAGUGUACUGAUAUUGAUAGAAAAAGGGACAGACGACGCGGUGGCUCAUCGGUUUUUGGCAGUGCAGAGUUGGAAAAAAUAGCGGAAGAUUUCAGACUCUUUGAGAAGACGAAUUGGAAAUAACCGCUUUACUGCUUCAAAAACAUGGCAAGGAGUGACAAAAAUACCACUCGACGGAUGACAACCCCCAUACAGUGAAUUUCCGCUAGAACAAACAUUUCUUCAUACACUGAAACUGAUGAGGAAGAUGUAAAUUUUUUUAAAGGCGGGAGCAAAGCUAUAAGCACGACGUUGGAAACAUUUUGAAAUGAGUAAAAACAACUAGCGUGCGCUUGUAGAUUAAUUUGCAGAAACAUGAUUGAUUUUGGUUUACACUCCUUCUUCUGUUGUGAAGAAGGGGCCAGCAAGAUUUUUUUCUUUGACUUGUGAUUGAUUCAUGGAUUGGCCAAAGUAACUGCUUUAUUUUUGAUUGGACCCACAUGUAACUUAGGUUCUCCAUUGUCUUCUGUUUGAUAUCAACAGUAUCAAGAUGUGCGCUCCAGAACACUGAAAAUGAAAGAACAAUAUGAGGAACAACUUGCAUCAGCUGAGGAGGUACUGUGACAAAAAUCCGGCGUUUCCUUUGUUUUUGGACCAAUAACUGGAAAAAGAUCGAAUCAAUUUAGGUUUCAGGGAAACUGCCCACCUACUCCUCCCCUAAGCCAACGUUUUGCCCCAAGUGGGAAGUAAGUGUUAAUGUUGGCUCGGUGGAGGGGUAGGUGGGCAGUUUCCCCUAAACCUAAAUUGAUGAAACAUCUUGCUAAAAAGAUCCUAAGGGCCUGUUUACAUGGAGCUGGGGGACCCCAGAUAGGUUAGGUAGCAUGCGACGGGUUACCCCACCUAUCAUGUAAAUUGGAUCAAAUUAAAAUGGGAGAUUAUAUGUACAGACGGGAUACCCCACCUAAGUGGGUUACCUCACCUACAUGGGGCCCCCCACCUCCCUGUAAACAGGCCCUAACUUUGACUGUGGAUGCAAUUAUUUCAAGUAACACUAAGUUGAGACUAUUUGAAAUCCAUGAACUGUGUGUGAUCAGAAUUCGUAGAGAAGAGAAAGCAAGGAGGUCGGUUUUUCAAAUAACUUGCGUAUGAAUUUUUACUGCUUAGUUGGUUUGUUUUUGCUGCAUCUGCGUUAGUUUUUUUUUCACCCACGCAAUCCCUACAUUUUGUUGUAACCUUACUCUGAGUAUUUCAAUUGGUGUUUCAUGGUACGUAGGGAAAAUUUAAUUUGCUGUGCUCGACGUUUUACAUUUUUUCCCUUAGGAGCGCGAAUCCGCUCUGUCAGAAUCUUACGCUAAAGGUUUGAAGGAAGGGAAAGAACAGGCGGGCGGCGAUAAGCAACAAGCCCCUGUCAACGUGACUGAUGAAGUAAGUCUGGGGUUUGUUUACUUUUGGACUAGACUGCACUUACAACAGAAGCAGACGUAGAUAUUUCAUGAAUGCCUCUUUGGGAUAGCUUGCGCUUUGUCACCUUCUCCUCACCUUAUCUCCCUCAACAGAGACUGUCCAAAGGCUCUGUCUGGGAUAUUGUCGUAGCCAAACGCACUAAUUAUCAUCCAAUUUCUGUUCGCCUGCACAUGUGCUUGCGCUCAUCCCUGCGCCUUUUGUGUAAACUAGCGCUAAAAGAAACGCUCUUUAAAUAUUCUACGUAUCAGAAAUUUCAGGCAAGUCUUAAAAGGGGCUCUUUAAUAGAGAGCGUGUCCAGGUUUCACUUUUUAGACAUAUUUUCAACUGGCGACCAGAAAACGUUUUGCUCGAUCAUAGCGCUCAAAAACAGUCCCUUAAGGUGGCUGAACACAGUUUUGCGGGCAGUCAGCGGUAACUCGCGUGACCGCGCGUGUUUUUAAUUAGACAAACAAACAUGGCGGCGAAAAAGCAAUGGUACACAGAAGACGAUUUCUCAAAAUCUACUCAUUAAAAUUUUGUGAUAUUUGGCAGAAUUUUUACUUUUAUCGUAUUUUCGAUAAUGAAAUCUUUAAAAUGGAGGUUGAACAGACGAAUUUCGUGACACAUUUAAUAAUUACGAUGCAAUUAUAUUAUUGAUUAUCUAAAAGUUCGUCUGUUAAAAUUUGAUCAAAUAAGUUUCAAAUGGUAAUGAUUAGUUACAGUAAGCUGUGUGCAAGAUUAUAGGAAAAUCUAAUGAGCGGAUUUUAUGUAAACUGAACAAAAGUGAAAUUUUAAGGUUGUAUUCAAUCGUUCAUGUUGCCAUGGAAACUACGAAAACGUCAAAUUUUACCUGUCAAUCAAAAUCUUUCAUUAGUAUAUUUUCCACCUGCCAAGUUUCAGCUUGUGAGCUGCAACCUUUCUCUUGCCAUGAUUUGGCAAAUGACAUAGACUCACAAACUGCCAAAACUGUGUUCAGCCACCUUAAACCAAUUAAAAACUCUCACCAGUCAACGUUACCGGUACCAAGUGCGGUCAAAUCCAUGCGAGGGAGUCCCAAGUGGUUUUUCUUUGGACAGUUCUCAGUUUGAAGGUAUAUUGCUGUUUUAUGUCAAUUCUGUUGUGAAGUCAUUACUUUGUGUCCUUACCCAUACAUAAAAUGCGCCGGUAGAGUUAUGAAGAAGAUAUGAUACAAAUUUCAUCAAGGAGCACUAAGCAUAAUAAUGUUUCUGGUGAUCUUUGCAGGCAUAACAUUAACACCAACUUUUUCAAGUUUUAAUCCAUUUCCAUUCUUAUCAUCCCUGGCCUAAAGACGACAGGAAACCGUUUCAAUCUCUAAAUAUAGUCUUAUAUAACAAAACCGGGUCAUUAUUUUUGGAAUUCAGUUGAUUCGAAGACAUUUGUUAGCUUUUUAAAAAGAAAACACUCGUAAGACAUAGUCCCUUUAAGGAACCACGAUAGUGACGUCAAGUAGAACAUCGUUUGAUAAAGACUCAAGCUCUUUUUAAUAACUUUAGAGUGGCUGUAAUUUUUCUUAUCUUACGUGGAGAUAUAUUCCAAGCAAUGAAUUUGUGACGAUAAUUUGGUGUUCUUUGAGAGAACAUUGCGCCGUCUCGUUUGUCAGGAAAGCUCGCUUGUGAACAGAAGAACAGCAAGAAAAUUGAAACUUUUUGUCUAACUUACCUGCUAGCAUCGCCUUCGCGUUUGCUUACUGGAAAACUCGGGGUCGUGAGAGGCUGAGUUGUGCCACGCAGUGUUGUUGUACAAGUUUGAAAAACUCACAAGUGGUUAAAAGAUUCGGUUAGCGGUAGAUCCCAUCUGCCUGAAACCCCUUGGAUGCCUUAUGAAGUUUACACAACGUAGGAUUUUCCUUAUCGGUUCGGUUUCCCUUGUAUUAUAGAUGUAUAGACUUAGAGUGGAGGCGAUAAGGAAUACUACGUCGGGUGAACUUCAUAAGAUGUCCAAGGGGUUUUAGGCCGAUGGGAUCUAAAGCUAACAGAACAUUGUUUGGGGAUUUCUAGUGCGAAAGAUUAACGAUUGUGUUAAUUCCUCAGGUGAAGCGUAUAAUGAAUACAGUGUUCUACAUGCUAAGGAACGAAUUUGAGGCAGAUGAAAGUUACACGGGCUCGGAUAUAAUGGCAGUUGUACUGAAAACUAUCAAGGUAUGCUACUAGCUUGCAUUUCUUUAGUUUGAUAACAAGUUUAUCUGACCUGGAGACUGAAGACUUCAAUUGUAUAUGUUAAGCCCUUGAUUUUUGGGGACUGGGCUGGGGAUAAAACUCCCGCCCACAUCCCUCGAAUCAAGAACUUGCUCGCAAGCCAUAAGAAAAGUUAUUUCGUGGUUUUGGUCAUGGUAAUUCACCAAGAUCAUUUAUCAGUGAAGAUCAUUUCUUUUCGUUCUUAUUGAGCGGGAUGUUUUAUGGUCAGAUUAAAGCACUGUGAAAGGGCAAAAUGAGUAAAGUGGCUUGGUCCCUCAGCGUGCUGCCAGUUCACCAGCCCCAGCGAUAUUUUGAAAUGCUUUUGUUUCGAUAAUCCCGUCAGCGGACUUUCUUUUUUCUAGCUUGUGAUGUUACAAAGAUAACUUCCUCCUAAUUUAUUCACUGACCAUCUCUCAUUGUUGUACAGCUGAAAUGUUACCCGAAAAGCGUGCGUUAUCAUUGGUUACUUCAUGGUCACAUGAAAUCGAACGAUAAAACAUUUUCCCGCCAAUAGUCUCUGAGCGGGCAAAAUCUGAAACAGUGAGCUUAAGCAGCGAUGACAGCGACGGCUACGAAAACGUUACUUAAAAAGUGAAUUCGGCCUGCUUCCAACUUUAUCGCGCUUAUUCCAUCUCGUUCAGUUCGUCAAAUGUUGACAAUUUUUACUGGACAUGAAUUCUAAAAGACUGUAUCGAAGUCGAGGAAAAGAAAAAAUAGUCGUUGUCUUGUCCUUACGUCCUCCACAAAACCCGAAAUUAGGCAGUUUUACGCCGUCGUCGUCUUCGUCAUCGUUACUCAAGCUCCCGACGCGAAUGUUGACCGCGCGCUGAGAUGAACUUUCAUAAAUUUGAACGCGUGGAAGUCACCCCUCUUGGGUUAUAAAACAAAUCACUUAAUGGCUGGUCUCUCUGAAAACUUCUUCAAAUUGUUAAUGAAAUACUCGAAAAGCAAAAUUAACUGUUUCCCCUGGAUUAAGUGUUUAUUAUUUAUUGUAAGUUGCUUGAUUUUAUACAGAUUCUUGAUUAUUGUUUUUAACGGAAAUCGCACUCAUAAUGCUGUUUGAUGUUUGCAUUAUGCAGGAGGUAACCAUAAAACUUAUGAGUGGAGAAACUGCGCAGAAAGAAGAGAGCGAAGAAGAAGAAGAGGAAGAAGAAGAAGAGGAGGAGGAGGAGGAGGGAAGGAGGAGGGAGAGAAGGAGUAUAAAGAGGAUGAGAAACUAGGAAGCGAAAGGAAGAACCAUAGCGAAGGAGAAGAUGAAGACAAAGUGGAAGUAACGGAGAAAUAUCCAGCUGUCAAACAAGGCGUGGAUGAAAUCGACGACGAAGAAGAGGACGAUGAAAAAGAAAGUAACAAUGUGGGCGAAGUAGUUAAUGAUAAAACACAAAUUGAAGGCACUGAGGAAGAAGAUGGUGGAGAAAACAACGACGAAGAAGACUCAAGUGCACCGAAAGUGGAUGAAGCAGAGGAAAAAGAACUUGAAGAAGAGAUAAAACAAGAAACCAAGCCAGUAGACGCUGAUCUAGCGGUUGAUGAAUCAAAUGAGGAAAUACCACAAAUACAAAACACUGAUAAUACAGACAAUGUUUCCGAGGAUGAAUUUUUGCCAGGGAAUCUUGUAGAUGUACCUUCUCUCGAGGAACUUUCUGCUGAACCAGAUAAGGAGUCCUCUACAACUGAAGUAGAUAAAACUAGCCCUGAAAUCCCUGCACAACCAGUGCCAGACGAAAGUAAGGAGAUAUGUUCGUCUGCGAUUUCAGAAGAAGAGGAAAAAAACAAAGUAGCUGAAGAAAAGGAAGAGCAAGUGACGAAAGAACAGGGAAGCCAAGGUAAAUAGGUUUGCAGCGUUUAGAAGUUGGAUCAGUCUUUGCGGUAAUGAAAAGCUUGAAUGAACAGGGGAGUGAAAAUCUUAUUAGGGUAUAGAAACACUUCAGGUCAUUCCCCGCCUUAAAUAAAAGUUUACAAACCAAUCACGUUUUUAAACUUUUAUUUCAGAAGUCCAAGAAGACAAGAAUCAAGGCAUUAGUGAAGACAAAUUGAAAUCGUGAGUAUUUUGCACUGUAGCUUUCUUCAGUUUAUUCUGAUAUUGUUUUCCUGUAAAAUGAUCGCAUAUUUCAGCUGGUGGAAUUUAGAGGUCUAUGUGUGAAGAAAGUAACUUGUAGCUUCUCCAAACGAAAAUGACCUGACUUUUUGUUCGUAGCAGAAAAAAAAUUCUGUAGUAUUAACGGGGCAUUCUUAUGGCUCGAGGGGUUCACCGUAACCCGAGGGGUGUGAGAGUAGAAUAACCCCAAGGGGGGAUGGCGGGUCAAUUGAACUGUGUCCACGGUGAAAUUUGGAACUCAAGGGCUUGCUCCGUUCUCAUUACUCACUCACUCACUUAUUCCUGUGCUGUCUUUGCUGGGCGUCAAGGCGCCUUCCCUUCUGAUAAGCUUCCUGCAUGAGGCCUUUCUGUCGUAGAAAUGCUUCAGGAAAUGUGUAAACCCAAACAAAUUCGCAGGCCUUAUCAUUUGCCAGGGGUUAAUUCUAAGUUAAUUCCCUGUCUCUUCAGGUUCAGGAGAUCAUUUGCCAGGGGUUAAUUCUAAGUUAAUUCCCUGUCUCUUCAGGUUGAGGAGAUCAUUUGCAAGGGGUUAAUUCUAAGUUAAUUCCCUGUCUCUUCAGGUUGAGGAGAUCAUUUGCAAGGGGUUAAUUCUAAGUUAAUUCCCUGUCUCUUCAGGUUGAGGAGAUCAUUUGCAAGGGGUUAAUUCUAAGUUAAUUCCCUGUCUCUUCAGGUUGAGGAGAUCAUUUGCAAGGGGUUAAUUCUAAGUUAAUUCCCUGUCUCUUCAGGUUGAGGAGAUCAUUUGCCAGGGGUUAAUUCUAAGUUAAUUCCCUGUCUCUUCAGGUUGAGGAGAUCAUUUGCAAGGGGUUAAUUCUAAGUUAAUUCCCUGUCUCUUCAGGUUGAGGAGAUCAUUUGCAAGGGGUUAAUUCUAAGUUAAUUCCCUGUCUCUUCAGGUUGAGGAGAUCAUUUGCAAGGGGUUAAUUCUAAGUUAAUUCCCUGUCUCUUCAGGUUGAGGAGAUCAUUUGCGAGGGGUUAAUUCUAAGUUAAUUCCCUGUCUCUUCAGGUUGAGGAGAUCAUUUGCAAGGGGUUAAUUCUAAGUUAAUUCCCUGUCUCUUCAGGUUGAGGAGAUCAUUUGCGAGGGGUUAAUUCUAAGUCAAUUCCCUGUCUCUUCACGUUGAGGAGAUCAUUUGCAAGGGUUUAGUUCUAAAUUAAUUCCCUGUCUGUUCAGGUUGAUAAGAUUAUUUACCAGGGGUAAUUCAACGUUAAAUCCCCGUCUCUUUUCAGGUUUGUAGAGAGCAUUUGCAAAGGGUUAGUUUUCAGUUAAUUUUCUGUAUGUUUUCAGGUUGUUUGGUGAUGACGGUCAUGACGAUGUAGAAGCAACGUUUGGCUCAUUGACGAAAAAGAAAGAAGAGGAAAAACCGGUGAGAAGCUUUGUACCUUUUAGCCUAGCGGUCUCAAAAUUGUUUCCCCUAUGUUAGAUUCUUGUUUCGCACGUUUUGUGGUAGUUUCUUUUACAUUUACCUAUUAUUGACUUUUUGGCAAUUAUCCUCACACUCCUUUUCACGCCAACCAUAGCUAUGAAGUCAGUUAAUGUCUGUAGAGUCGAUCAACCUAUUAGUGGAAAGUUGCUGCCUUAGGGUUGCAGUGUUGCUGGCUUUGUGGCUUCCAGUUACUGAAACCGCUGAAUAAAUUUUUAUUUCAGUCGUCGUAUUUCAUCCUCAAAUUAAGAACGUUUUUUCAGUUGAGUGUCUUUAGUUCGUUUGUUCUGCAUCUGCAGCUCGGUACUUCUACACUUUGAUUCCUUGCUAAUUAAAAUCCCUCGUCUAAUUCCGACAAAAUAGAUUUCCCGCGCUUACUUUCCCGCGAAUGGCGCCCGUUUAUAUAUUUGCUUCGAUUUCUGAUUGGCUUACGUGAUUCAAAGCAUCUCUUUUGAUUGGUUAGAUUAGCUUAGCUGUUGUAGGCGGUGCCCUCCACCUCUCGCCAAAAAAAGACGGGCGAGAGCACGACAAGACUAAGGGCUCUAUUUGGCGAGUGAGAUAGGUGUCAUUUUGUUGGGAACCAUUUUAUAAGCUGCAUAAGCAAGAUUCUCAUUAAGGGGUUGUUGUUGUUGUUGUUGUUUUAAAUACAGGAUUCUCCACCUCCACGAGCUGUCCCUCCGCCAUUAUUCGAUGAUGACGAUGAUGAUGACCUUGACUGGUUCAAGUGAAAUUUGUUGAACAUGCGGUAUCUCUUUUUACGAAGCCAUCUUUGUUAAAUGACAUAUAUGUAGAUACAUUAGGCUGUUGUUUUAAAAGUACUACGUCUUAGCCUAUAUUGGCCACUCUGAAUUAUGCUGAGUCUCGGAAGAUUCAUGUGAAGUUAAGUUAACGACAAGAAACCCGGACAUGAAACCACACCUUCUACCUCUCCCCUUUUAAAACCCACAAGCUACAAGCAAGCAACAUCAUAACGCAUGGGAACCGUACUUUUUGGCACAGGAAAUGGGUGAAGAGUACGAGACGAAAUUAACGUGCGUUGGCCAACACCCUGGUCCCUGAGUCCACAGAAAUUUUAAAUAUAAUAAAAAUCGCCAAUUGUAAUAAAAAAUUAGCGAAAAUUCUUUUCUAUUCUGGCAACGACGUGGUCAUCUCAUUCACAGCAUUGAUGAACAGUAACUGAAACAGUUUAUUUAGAAUUGUGUUUUAUUUGUUUUUCUUGAUCAUGCAUUGUUUUUAAGUUUGAUCACGUUUUCGAAAGACGUCAAGAUACAUGAUUUAAAGUACAAGGCUCUGAUAAGACAUGUGCUCGCAUCGUUAUGCACCUAUCAAUGUAACGCCGGCGGGGGGGGGGAGGCAGGGCAUAGGGUGGGGAUUUGACUUUUUUCAAAAAUUUCCAAUCAAAUUCCCUUCCCACGGGCAAAUCAUUCCAGUCAAAUGCAACCAAAUUUCCCCACCCCAGGCUGCACAUUGCUGUCCAUCCCAAGGCAGAACCUAAGAAAGGCACAAUAAAAAUAUCUCUGAAUAAAACUCUUCAAUCUUUUAUAAACGUUGCUGCAUCACCAAAGAUACAUGUUCCUGUUACAGCUGCAGUUAUACGUUUUAACCAUAAUCCGUGUUACAUUGCGUAGAAUACAUAAUCUUUAGGAGAAAGUCCACAUUUUGUAAGUCUAAAUGUACCGUUCUUAGUAAAGGGUACAAAGAAAGUCAGUUUUAUAAGUUUACAGCGAUUGUAGCGAAUGAGCCAUACACUAAUCAAUUGUACUUGCAAAAAUCGACUCGGUUUCUCUUUACUUCCGCUUACUUUGAUACCACAGUAUAUUAAGAGGUUCAAUUGAUCAAAAACACGCUAAAACAAACGAAAUUUGAAGACAAAACAGUGAAAUCCACUCAGCCUUCGCUUGCACUCAUUGGCCUCCAUGACUUCCUGAUCUUUUCAAACCGUAUGAUGCAUGCGUGAAGCGUGGAAGCGGGAAACGUAUGUUCGGUCUAAGUCUUUUUCGUCCGAGUCGGCAGUCAAAUAUCUCCACGUCGGGCGAAGAAAGAUUCAAAUAUCCCCUCCCCCGGGGGAACAAGAUAAGUCAAAUGCCCUACCCCAGGGACAACAAAGACAAUCAAAUCCCCACCCUAUGCCCUGCUCCCCCCCCCCCCCCCGCCGGCUUUACAUUGAUAGGUGCAUUAUUCCUAGUUCAAAGACUACUUACAAAGCUGCAGCCUUUUCACACAAAGAGUAUAAUAGUCGAAAUAUUUUUGUAAUUAAACAGCUCGGUUAUUACGGUAAGGUUCCUAUUCCACUAAAGAUCAGCUGUAUGCCUUCGGUGUUAAAAAAAUUAGAAAACAGAUUUUUCAAAUCGCAUCGUUACCUAGUAUUGG